AUCCCACCCUGGGCAUCCCCGGGAGCAGUGUCCAAACACUCCUGGGGCUCUGGGGCUAUGCCCAUUCCCUGGGGAGCCUGGGCAGUGCCAGCACCCUCUGGGGGAAGAACCUUUCCCUAAAACCCAUCCCAAUCCCCUGGCAGUGCUGCAGCCGUGCCCUGGUUCCUGUCCCCGCUCAGCACAGGGAAGAGCCCGCUGCCUCUCAGAGCUGUGACCGCGUUCCCGCGGUGCCGCACCGGCACCUUCCCCGCACUCCUCAACCCCAGGAGCUUUCCCCGUUCCUGGGGACGAAGAACUCCCCGGCACACACCGCUCCCACCCCCGCGGGCCGUGCCCGGGGUGUCCAUCCCCGCCCGAGGCCGCCCGGGCCGGGCCCGGUCACCGCGGAAACGGAAACGCGCGGGCCGGGGCCGCCGGGAGCGGGGCCGGUUUGAACGUUCGGCCUUGGCCGCCGCCGCCUUCCCCCGCCGUGGCCGCCACCCGCAGCCCCCCGAGGUUCCUUCGUGCGUUUUCAAAAUGAGCAAUGAAGAUGAAAUAAAGGAAAAAUUGGAUGCGGAAUUAGAUCGCUGUAUUGUGGCUAUGAAGCCCUAUGUCCUUAACCUGCAGAGUAGUUCAGAAAGAAAAAGAUGCUCACUGUGGAUUAAAAAACUCUGCAAACCUUCAGGAGCAGGCAUAGGAAUAGUGGGAAGGGAGAAUCGAAACCUGUAUGCAAAACUUUUGCUUCACAUGCUGAAGAGAGGAGUUCUGGAUGGUCCCUUCAGCCAAAAACCAGAGGAGGGAAUGCUGAAACCUUUGCCUGCCUACAUGUCAGUUUAUUUUGAUGAACCAAGUUCAUCAAGAGUUGGGAACAGCAGCCCUGAGUGUUUACCUGAGUGGGUUCUGGGAGAGCUGGGAAACCACGACAGUAACGUGUCCUCUGUGGGGGACUCAUCCUCAGCAACAACUCCUGCACAGGGGGAAGGAUUCAGUGAGAAGCCAGCAGUCACAUCCUGUCUGAAUUCUCCUCACCGCACAGAUGAAGAUGACCUAGGCACAUCACUGUCUGACGAUCAACACAAAAGAAACUUUUCAUUGGAUGAUGAUGACCUCGAAGCACGACUCAAUAGUUGGAAUCUUGGGUUAGAAAACCCCAGGUACCUGCGAGAAAAACGGGUGCCAAUGACUGUGAUGACACCUAAAAUUGGCCUUGGGCAGAGCAGCCCCUCUCGGCACCACCACGCGCUCCGAACGCCGGAGAAGGAGCUGGAAAUGAAAAUGAAAAUGGUAGAAGGUAAAUUUCAUGAAGAAAAGCUGAAAUUACAACAGAAGCACGAUGCUGAUGUUCAAAAGAUUUUGGAUAGGAAGAACGAUGAAAUAGAUGUGCUGAAGUCCACCUACAUGAAGAAACAAAAAGAAUCUGAGGAAAUAAUAAGAAAACUGGAGAAAAAAGUUCAGACCCUUGUUCGUGAGUCCCAAGUUGUGAGGGAAGCCAAAGAGCAGCAGAUUGAGGAGCUGAAGAAGAUGUGUGAGCAAAGCAAUGAUUCCUUGAACAACGAGUGGGAGAAAAGGCUCCACGACGCAGUGGCUGAGAUGGAGAAGGAGAAGUUCAACAUCCAGAAGAGGCACACGGAGGAUGUGCAGGAGCUGCUGCAGGAGACCAACACCCGGCUGGCCAAGAUGGAAGAGGAAUAUUUGCAGCAGAUACGGUCAACUAACGAGAAAGUCCAAAAGCUGGGGGCCCAUGUGCAGCAGUUGACUGUUGAGGCUGAAAAUAGUAAUUUACAACGUCAGAAAUUAAUUCAGGAGAAGGCUGAGGUGGAACAGCGUUACCAGGAGGUCUGCUCCCAACUCCAGGACCUGAAAAUAAGGUACAACUUACUUCAGAAAGACAAGGACCAGAUUAUGCUGGAAUACCAGGAGAACCUUCAGCAAGUGCAGUGUAAAUUUGAGGCUGACAGAGAUUUUCUGAAGCAGGAACAAGCUCAGCAGACAUCUGAUGUGAUUGCAGAAUUACGGCACGAAAUGGCUCUGUUGAAACAACAGUUGCAAGACUCAGAACAUCAAAGGCAGAAACAGCUGAGGGAUCAAGAAUACAAGGUUCAGCAGGACAAGCUUCACUGGCAGAAUAUGUAUGAGAAAGAGAUUCGUGGCAUUCGGAGUGACAUGGAUAAAGAGAGAGGGGUUGCUCAAAAGAAAAUUCACCACCUGGAACAGGCUCUGAAGGAGAAGGAGGAGCAGCUGAGGCGGGUGACGGAGGUACAGAGGCUGCAGGCCCAGCAGGCAGGCGCUGCCCUGGAGGAGUUUAAGCGGCAGGUGGAGCUGAACUCAGAGAAAGACUCUGCUGAAAUGAAACAGCGGAUAGCAGAGGUUGAAGCAGAUCUAAGGAAAUCAAAAUUGCUCCGGGAAAAGCAAGCCCAAGAAUUCUCCUGCAAGUUGGAUGAGAUCAAGAAAAGAUAUGAAGAACAGAUAGUGGAGCUGAAGCUGGAGCAUGAACAGGAGAAGACGCACCUAUUCCAGCAGCACAACGCAGCGCAGGACUGCCUGGUCCGAGACCAUCAACGGGAGGUGGAGAAGCUGGAGCAGCAGCUCCGCGCUGCCAUGGCACAGCGCGAGACCCAAACUCACGAGUGCAGGAAACGGGACGGCCAGGUGAUCUGUAAUUUGGAGCACCAAAUCCGCAAGCUGAGGGAGGAGCUGAUCCAGGCGAACACCCUGAGGAACCACCAGCUGCUGGACCUGAGCCUCCAGUGGGAGCAGGAGAGGCUGAAGGCAGCCCGGGACAAGGAGGCAGCACUGAACAAUCUGAAGAUAGAGAUGGAAAAAGUGAUCUCAGACCUGAAAGAGAAGCACACGGCAGAGACAGAGGCAGCCUCGGUCAAGGCCAAAAGCCGGCUGAAGCAGACGAAGGAGGAGCUCAGCCAGAAGCUGGCCAAGUCCUCGCAGGAGAUAGCUGAGCUGAAGACAACCAUUUCCUUCCUGACAGAGAACAGCCAGCAGCAGCUUGAGGCGCAGGAGCAGCUCCAGGAAGUUGCACAGAAGUUGGAAGCUGAGAAGCAGCAGCUGAAGAUAGACAAUGACAGAACAGUCAAGGCCUUGGAGGAGGAGGUGGAGAAUUACCGUGGGCUGCUUUACGAUGCUCAGAGGAGGCUCCAGCGCAACGAGCUGAAAUCCCAGGAGCAGUUGAUUACUAUACGAGAGGAAUAUGAAAAAAUACUCAGGGGGCUGGUGCCAGCAUCUUCCAAAAAGGAACUUGAAGACACCAUUUCAUCUUUAAGAUCUCAGGUAAGUUUUCUGCAGAAAAGAGUCCUCCAGGAAGACCUGAACGCCUACCACGCCAAAAAGUACGGGAUUAUCUUUGCUCACCUUGUACCAUUUCACACCCGUGGGUCCCAUUUCUUGAAGUUUUAUGGCUUAAUCCAAACCCUCCAACAUGGGUGCAGGUUUAUAUGUUCCCUUUUUUCAGUAAACAAGCAUCUGAGAAGUUUCCCCCAGUGCUUAGUCAGUACUGCUAGAGCAAGAUUAGAGAAGCUGCAGGUGCUUUGCAAGUCUGGGCUUUGCCUGCACGUCGAGGAUGAGGCGGCGGCUCCUGCACAGCUGCGGCUCUGCGGUGGUGCCACCUCCUUUAAAGAUAGAAAACAAUGAUGCAAGGCAGAAUAUUACAGAUCACAUCUUCAAAGGACCGGAUCUCUACGAGCCUGAGCUGCCUUUUUUUUUCUUCUUUUCUUUUUUUUUUUUUUUUCUGAGGCGUUUACACCCUCCAAUAUAAAUUAUGGCAAGUGCUGCAGCCAUAAAAAGCCUGGCUGUGCCUUUAGAGUAGGUGAUUCACGUGGAGAGGUGAGUACAAGGAGAUUUCCUAGGAAAGCCACUCCAUCUUUACUGUAUUUAUAGACCUUGAUGGUGUUUCAUAUCUCACAUGAGGGUUUCUGCAGCUAAGAAAUGCGUGCUCGUAAAAAUAGUGUCGGCAUUUGCGAGGUAUUUAAGCAACUGUGAGAAAGUUAGCAGUGUGAGAGUUGUGUGAAAAUAUUAAUCCUAAAUUAUUUGUUAACAGGAAUUAGCUAAAGUUAACUGGAAACUGAAAAUGUCAUAGAUCCUCAGUAAUAAGUCCAGCAUAGGUAACUUUGUUAGAUAAAUAGAAAGCUCUGGACCCAGCCCUGCUUUCAGCCUGUUGUGUUUUUUAUAAUAAAAAUAAUGAGGUAUAACUGACAAAAAUCUCUUCCU